AUGUAUUCGGGUGGCCAUUCCUGUUGUUUGGCGAAUUGCAGCAGUAUUGUCUUUGGAAAAAAACAAAUUGAAACGAGCUUUCAUAGAUUUCCAAAGGAUCAAGCAAGAUGUGCUGUCUGGAUUGAAAAGUGUAAACCAAUUAAUUUACCAACUAUUGACCCUGAUAUUCUGAAUAGGAACCACAGAUUGUGUUCACUUCAUUUUGAAAAUGAAAUGUACGUAAAUGUUGAAAAAACCAGAUUAUUUAAUACAGCAAUACCAACAUUAUUUAAAAAUGAUUGUGUCGUUACAGAAGAAACAUCAGAUCAUGUUGAUGUUCCAUCUGAAUUUUUGGAAGAUAACAUCCAAACUGAAAAUGUUAUAAUUGACAACCCGCCUAAAUGUUCAACUCCUGUGUCAUCUACUCUUAAUACUACAUCAGUUUCGAGUUGUACAUCAGUAGAAUCGUUUUCCAUAAGUAUUCAAACUCCGAACUCAUUAUCUGCCAAAACUCCAAGGAAACGAGUACUUCAGGAACGACUGCAAUUAGAUUUUUAA